AACAAAGUGACUAUGACAGCUCAGCUUCCAGUGGGAUGACGGACCAGGAGAAGGAGAUGGCAGCGAGCGCAUACGAAGCUUUUGCGGCUGGGAGGUACGACGAGUCUCUGAAGCACCUCGAAGCUCUGCAGGAGCUCAGCAAAGGCGACUACAAGAUGGUGAGGAAUAAAGCUGUGGCUGAGUUCUUCAGGACUGGUCAGACCACUACAGGGACUCUGAAGCAGACCCUGAUGGCCAUAAGAAACCGGCUUCACACAUCAGCUGAGGAUGCUGAYGGUCUGGAUGAUGUGGAGAACUGCCUGCUGUACUAUAACCAGGCCAUCAUUCACUAUCACAUGCGUCAGUACUCUGAGGCCAUCUCCAUCGGAGAGAAGCUCUACCAGUUCCUCGAACCGUUCGAGGAGAAAUUUGCCCAGGCKGUGUGCUUCCUGUUGGUGGAUCUGUACCUGCUCACCUUCCAGCCAGAGAAAGCUCUUCACCUGCUGGCUGUGCUGGACAAAAUCUCUGCACAAGGAAGCAACAAGAACAGCAAAGGAGAGGGCAACAGUUCAAACAAAGAAGCAGCCAAUCAGAGAGCAGAAUUCACAGCCAUGAUUGAAGCAGCUAAAUCUAAAAUACACCAGUACAAAGUGAGAGCCUACAUCCAGAUGAAGUCCUCCAAAGCCUGUAAAAGAGAGAUCAAAUCAGUGAUGAAUACAGCAGGAAACUCUGCACCGUCGCUCUUCUUGAAAAGUAACUUUGAGUAUCUGAGAGGAAACUACCGGAAAGCAGUGAAGCUGCUGAACAGCUCGAACAUCGCAGAACAUCCUGGACCGAUGAAGACAGGUGAAUGUGUUCGAUGUAUGUUCUGGAACAAUCUGGGUUGCAUUCACUUUGCCAUGGGAAAACACAACCUGGGAAUCUUCUACUUCAAGAAGGCUCUUCAGGAGAACGACCACACCUGUGCUCAGCUGGGAGACGGCAGCACUGAGCAGUCUAAAAAGUUUGCGGGCAUCCCCAUGUGUGCGUUACUGUCCAACAAGCGCUACGAGCUGCUGUACAACUGUGGGAUCCAGCUGCUGCACAUCGGCAGGCCUCUGGCUGCGUUUGAGUGCCUGAUGGAGGCCGUGCAGGUUUACCACUCCAACCCUCGGCUGUGGCUGCGGCUCGCAGAGUGCUGCAUCUCUGCUAACAAAGGCGGGUCGGAACAGGAAAACAAAGGUUUACCUUGUAAAAAGGGAAUCGUUCAGUCUGUCAUYGGGCAGGGUUACCAUCGCAAAAUUGUUCUGGCGUCUCAGUCCUCUCAGAACACAACCUACAGUGACGGACAGUCAGCAGCCAUUCCUGUAGCCAGUAUGGAGUUUGCAGCCAUCUGCCUGAGGAACGCUCUGUUGUUGCUGCCGGAACACCAGCAGCAGGAAACCAAGGCUGAGAACGGUUCYAAAAGCUCCAGUCAGUCGGGAAGCACCGAGAGCGGCAGUGAGAACAGUGACGUGUGCAGUGGAAAAAGUCAGGAAGCUGAUAAGUUUUUCUCUGCAGCUCCGUCGUCUCCUCUCAGAAAGCAGGAUGUAGAAAACCUCAGGUGCUCCAUCCUGGCCUGCAGCGCCUACGUGGCUCUGGCUCUGGGAGACAACCUGAUGGCUCUGAAUCACACUGAGAAGCUCCUGCAUCAGACCAAAGUGUCCGGAUCCUUCAAGUUCCUGGGCCACCUGUAUGCUGCUGAAGCUCUCAUCUCAUUGGACAGGAUAUCUGACGCCAUCACUCACUUAAACCCAGAGAACGUCAGUGACGUGUCAGUGGGACUGCCCCCCAGUGAACAGGACCAGGGACCAGAGAAGGGAGACGAGCCGGCGGAGGCCUCAGGGAAGAAGACGCCGCUGUGUUACCCCAGCAGUGUGACAGCAGCUCGAGCCAUGAUGCUCUUCAACCUGGGCAGCGCCUACUGCCUGAGGAGCGAGUUUGACAAAGCUCGAAAGUGUCUGCAUCAGGCUGCAUCGAUGGUGAACACCAAGGAAAUUCCUCCUGAAGCCAUCCUGCUGGGGGUUUACCUGGAGCUCCAGAACGGAAACACUCAGCUCGCCCUCCAGAUCAUCAAACGGAACCAGCUCCUGCCCACAACAGUCCACAUGAUUUCCUCUGAAUCCCGUAAAAACCCUCCCYUGUCGUUCCACCCGGUGCAGCCCAUCCAGGUGCCCUCGUCCUUCACAGCAGUUCAAAGGAAGUGAGCCUCUACAGCUUCCUGUCUUGUUCUUGUUAAACAUUUGAAGACAACAGCUGCUGUUCRUUUGUCUAACCAAUGAGCAUUCUCUAAAGUGAAAAUAAAUUUUAUUUACUGUCUGAAA